CACGUCAGACCAAAUCUCAUCUUUUCCAACUGCUCGAUCCCUUCACCGCACCGCACGCAUCACUUCCCCUGCUUCCUCCGACCAGAUCGAGCUGCUGCUGUCCGCCCACGCCCACGGCCAGCCCACGCACCACCGUCAGAGUGAGCUCCCCUGCGCCCUCACGACCCCUCUAUCUGACACACUGGAGAUUCAUACAGUGAGAGAGAGAGAGAGAGAGAGAGAGAGAGUGCAGAGCAAGGCAGUGCGAGCAACCAGGCGGGGCAGAGCAGAGCAGAGGAGGGGGAGGGGGAAUUGUUAGUGGCGACAGCACCAGCAGAGCACAGACACCAAGCCAGAACUGAUCAGAGCUGCUAAUCUAGAAGAAUGCAACAGCCAGGGGCCGCCACGCCCAGCACGAGAAGGCGCCUCACGGUGCCGAGGCGGUCUCCCGCGGCGGCGUCGGUGUGGGAGACGCGGAUGGAGAUGGACGAGGUGAAGGGCGGCGUCAAGGUCUUCAGCGAAGGCGCCGACGAUGCUGACGAGGAGGGCAUGCGGGUGUACAGCCGCCUGCGACGGAACCAGAGCGAAGGCGGCGGCGGCGCCGGCGCGGGCGCGGGCACGGCCGCGGCCGCCAAGAAGAGGAGGAACUGGAAGGCGUCGGAGCCGGUCACCGCGAUCGGGGAGCUGCGCAAGUCGCGGUCCGACGCGGCGGCGACGGGGGCGGCGGCCAAGCGGGCGGUGGCGAGGGUCACCACGCCGGAGAAGAAGCUGGCGGCCGAGGUGAAGGAGGUGGUGGUGGUGGAGGUGGAAAAGGCGCCAUUGCCGCAACCCAAGAACAUCGAAGAGGAGGCAGAGGAGGAGGAGGACCAGGAGGAGUGGGAAGAAGAGCUGGAAGCAGAGGAGGAGGAGGAGGAGGAGGAGGAGGAGAAGGAGGUGCUAGAUCAAGAUCAGACGGCCAUUGACGAGGACGAGACUGAUCAGGCGGCAGCUCCGAAUCAAGAGGACGAACAAGAUCUUGCGCCACCGACAAAAAGAGCGAUCAGGCCUGUGGCAGCACCGACUGAAGAUGAGAGAGCAGCCAAUCUAGAGCCGCUGAAACUCGCUGCGGCUGUCAAUCUCCGGGCGAUGAACCCAGAGCCCAUGACCCCUCCAUUGAAGAAGAAACCGACCCCGGUGGUAAUUCACAGGACGGACCCAGAGCCAGCAAGAACUUCUCCAGAGAAGAAGGCUUCGCCGGUAAUCCGCCGACAUUUCCCCAAGCAAGAGCCUGUGGACGAUACUCCCCCUGGUGAGUGCCAUUUGCCUGUUCGGCCGUUCCUUCUCAGUUCUUGGUCGUCUUCUUAUUUGGUGGUUUAUCGUUGCAUUUUUGUUGGUUCUAAAGAGGAGGAAGAGUAUGAGGAGAUCCAGGGCAGGCCGUCAGCUCUUAGCACAAGCAAUCGAAGAAUGCAGAACAUUGUGGAUUUGGUAAUGUGGAGAGAUGUGUCAAAGUCUGCAUUUGUGUUUGGAUUUGGGACCUUUUCGCUCAUCUCCUGCUCCUAUGCCAAAGACCUAAACUUCAACACAAUAACAGCAGCUUCGUAUCUAGGCCUGGUCUACCUUGGUCUAAGAUUCCUUUCCAAGUCCUUACUCAACAGAGGUGAGAGUGUGGAGUGUGAUGAUGAGACGAAUAAUGAGAGGUCCCACUACCUGGUAGGUGAGGAGGAUGCCGUCUGGCUGCUGAGGCUUGUGCUGCCCUACGUCAACGAGGUGCUCCUGAACCUCAGGUCCCUCUUCUCCGGCGAGCCAGCGACCACCAUGAAGCUGGCGCUGCUGCUGUUUGCAAUGGCCCGGUGUGGCAACUUUGUCACCCUCUGGACCCUGGCCAAACUGGUGUUCUUUGGCAUCUUCACCAUUCCCAAGGUGUGCUCCUCCUACUCCACGCAGCUCGCCAGAUAUGGCAAGUUUUGGCUGGAGAGGUUCAGGGAUGCAUGGGAGUCUUGCUCCCACAAGAAGGCGGUUGUCGCAGCCGUCUUCACCCUCGUCUGGAACGUCUCCUCCACGGUGGCCCGUGUCUGGGCUGUGUUCAUGCUGGUGGUGGCCAUGAAGUGCUACCAGCAGCGCAUGAUGGAGUUCGGCUGGAGCAGCUCGGUGGAGGAGCCCGCUGAGAACGAUGAGCAGCAACAGCAGCAGGAGGAGUCUCCCGCUAAACCUGCCCAGACAGAGAAGGCACACGAUCAAGGGUCACAUGGCUUCGUGGCGGCGCGGCACCGGCGAAUGCCGGUCUCCGGCGACUUCGCCAGGGAGAGGCUGAGGGCGAGAGGCGGCAUCCAGCCAAGGUGUUAGUUUGUGUACACCGGACCUUGUUGUGUGGGUGUUCUCCUAAUGUUGAUGAAUUCGGUAGUGGCAAAAGCAAUAAUAAGAUCGACCAUGAAAUAGCAAUCACAUCUAUGGAUCGUGAUAUAGUAUGAUGAAACAGUAGGUUUUUAGGGAACCACCAAACAUUCUAGUCAUUUGUUUCAUGCGUGCGCUA